UAGAAAGGUGACGUAAUUGAAUGAAGGAUACUGAGAAAGAUACUCCAUUAACUUAUUACGUUCUCACAUCAACAUUUAAGUAAUGCCUUCCUCAAGUACUCCUGGGACGAUCAGACAACUAACAAAGCCGGAAUACAGAAACUGGCUUGCUCUCGGUCAUGCAUUAACAACAGAGCUUCGUCACGGUCUUCGUCCUUUUGUUACCCGUGAGAUGGAGACAUUUUAUAGAAACAUGUCUGCAAGGGUCGCUGGACCCUGCACGUGCGUCCACAUCCUGAGAAGAAGACCAAACCAGUACCACGACAUGAGGACCUGUCAGUGGGCUCUCAUCCUUCAGGCACAUCAUGACAAAAACAGGCCAAAUUGGAAACAAAGUGACAGUAGGAAGUGGAUAGAUCCAGUCUUGGGUCCCUGGGAAAUAGCCAAGCUCUUCCUUCCUGAUCUGGGAGGACAUGCAGACAUUAAGAGCGCAGACGACAUGGACAUCGCUGGUAUCCUAAACCUGAUGUACUGGUGCAAUCACUUCAUUGUUCCACAGCCCUUGAUCAAAGCCGUUCGUGACACUCGAAAUGACAAGUGGGUGCAUGUGCCACAGUUAGAGUUAAGUGAUGCGGACAAGAGAGUCGCCUUUGAUACGAUUGAAAAUAUGCUUCAGGAUCCCAGUAUAUCUCCCGAUCCUGACGUUCAGCAAGCCCUGAGAGAGGUUAACAACCUAAGACACGUUUCAGACCUGCAGAGUAUGGAGGCGCAAGUGUUAGCCGACUUAAAAGAAGUUUUGACAAAAGAGAUUUCUAGCAUCAAUAACAAUUUGACAAUGUUGAUGGAGGAGUCCGCCAGGAACAAAGAGCAGCAAAACCAGCUCCAAGAACAACAUGAGAUUCUAAAAAACAAACUCGAUGAUUUAAAUUUGACAAGAUUACCUGAAGAUAAUCAAACCUGGCCUAUUAUAUUCGGAAACCUGAUAGGAAACUUGAUAAGAAGCAUGCGCGUGAGAAAAAUCCACCUAAAAUCAUGGUUCAUAUUAAUGCUUCUAUGUCACCUCUGUAUUAUUUUAGAGGAUUCUUACGACGGAGAUGGUAAGUAG